AUGCCCACCAGGGUCAUCGAUGUUGGCAACGCAGCUCAGAAGGAGCCUCCACGGCUUGUCGUAACUGACCCUAGCAUGAAGGAGAAAUAUCUUGCCUUGUCUUAUUGCUGGGGGCCUGGCACAGAUACCUUCAACCUCAAUCACAAGACGAUGGAAGGUAUGCUGAAAGGCAUCGACGAGUCUCGCCUCGUAGCUGCACAUCGCGAUACAAUAGCAUUAGCCCGCCAGUUGGGCAUCCGAUAUAUCUGGAUUGACGCUCUAUGCAUAAUCCAAGGCGACAAAGAUGACUGGGAGCGCGAAUCAAAACUCAUGGCCAAAGUAUACGGCCACGCAACCCUUACCAUCACAGCAGGGAGAUCAGGCGAUGCCCGCAACUCCUUCAUCGCCAAUACUUACAAACAAUAUGCUCCCUGUUGCGAGUUUCCUCUUGGCGAUGGCCUAGGUGGAAAUGUUCUUGUUGGGCCAUUGAGAUCUGCUGACUAUGGUGUCACUGAGACUCGCGGCUGGUGCUGUCAGGAGAAGAGGCUGAGCCGUCGGGUGGUGUUCUUCGGCAAAGAGCAGCUUUUUUUCCUAUGUCGAACCUCCGGUUACUCGGAAGAUCGUAGCUAUCAGGAAGUCACGCUACCUAGCCGGUCUCUGGGAGUGUGA